AUGAACAAUAGCGUCGAGAAUGCGACGGGACAAGUGAUCGCUAUCAAGGUGCUGAACCUCGACACGGAGGAAGAAGAUGUCUCUGAUAUCCAACGGGAAAUCGCGACGCUUUCGCAGCUCAAGAACUGCGAUUCGCAAAACAUCACUCGGUACCAUGGCAGUUUCCUGAACGGGACCAAGCUGUGGAUCGUCAUGGACUAUGCCGCAGGAGGGAGCAUCCGAUCUUUGCUCCAAGCCCUGACGAGGAUAGAUGAGAAAUGCAUAGCGGUCAUCGGAAGGGAGGUCCUCCAAGCGCUGGGGUACCUCCACAAGCAUGGCAUUAUCCACCGAGAUAUCAAAGCCGCCAACAUUUUAUUGACGGAUGAAGGACGUGUUCAACUGUGCGACUUUGGAGUAGCUGGGCAAGUGACAAUGAAUUCUCUGAAGCGCAACUCGUUUGUCGGGACACCGUACUGGAUGGCGCCAGAGGUGAUCAGGGAAGGACAGACGUACGACUUCAAGGCGGAUAUCUGGUCGUUUGGAAUCACAAUAUACGAGAUUGCAACAGGAAACCCGCCAUUUGCUGACCAGGAUCCUAUGAGGGCUGUCACAUUGAUCCCAAAGUCACGCCCAGCUCAAUUGGAGGGUGACUGGUCGCCAGCUAUGAAGGAAUUUGUCGCGCUCUGUCUGCACGAGGAGCCCAAUGAGCGCCCUUCUGCUGAGGAUUUGUUAAAGACAAAGUGGAUCAAGAGCACGAGCAAAAGCCCCUUGACGCUUUUGAAGGAUUUAGUUGCCAAGUAUGAGCAGCACAAAAUUGAGGCGGCUCUCAACAAGGAGGAGACAAGCAGUGAUAUCGAUAUUGACCACGAAUUGGAGAGCUUUGACAUGGAAGUCGACCCAGAUGCAUGGAGAUUCGAUACUGCAAAGACCCUUCCACCAAUGACACCGUCGAGGACCUCGAGUUUGAGCAAACCCGACUCCAAGAGCGAUCACCCUAAUGGAGUCAAAAGUCCAGCCCUCUCAGCUCAGGACAGCGGCGUUGUCAUCCAAGGGCGCAGCGGGAAGUCAUCAGACCACAAUCUGGACAAUGCAACAUCUAUACCCUCUCCUGGCGCAACAUCACCAACAGUCAAAGCAAAGGCAUCCCCAACAUCUCCCAGGAACUCCAAAAAGGCCUUGCCUAUAAAGUCACAGCCAGCUGUAAUCACCCACGAAUCCCACCCACUGCUGCGACUCUUCAUGCAUCAUAAGAGCGCAAGCGAGGAGGACGUCUCGACAUCUCACUCGUUACUGUCUCCACAAGGCCCCCAUAUGGCCUCUGCUCCCAUGACGCUCACAAUCCCCAAUUUGGAAGAGAUUACCAAUGCGCGACUGGCAUCACGCUCGCCUGUGCCCAGUGGCGAUUUGAAUACGUCCUUUGACCAGUUCCAUCCUUCUCAACACCAAUACCCGGCCCCAGCCAAUAGUCGUCAACAGGAUUCUGGACCUACGAGGAUGCCUUUCGGAUUCAACAUGUCAAAGCCUUUCCGGUUCGACAGGAGGCCCUCGGCACCCGUCGUGAUGGGUUCGGCACCAGGACAGGAUCAUGGCUUCCACAACCGUCAUGUGUUGACCCGGGGUCCAGGUAGCAGCUCGGCUCUCACCUCGCCAAGAGCAGUGCCAGUACCGACGCAAUCAUCGCUCUUGACCGAUAUGCAUCAGAGGCAGAGUCAGCAGGAUUCGGACAGCAGUCAGCACUCGAGCAACAAGGGCGUUCACAGCCACGAGAUUGUUCUGCCAAAUCAGCUUCAAGGAGUCCAGCCUCACAAUGUUCGCCCCAGCUCAACUCCUUCAUCUCCCGCCAUCCCUCCAGUUGGAAUGAUGGAGUCGACUCCAGGAGCAGGAUCGAGUUUACUGAACCCAUCUCAGACAGGGACACGCAGGCCCUCACCUUCAAUGUCGCACCAUCAACAAGAACAAGCACAGCAACAACAACCACAUCCUGUCCGGCAGGCACACGAUGCAAGGAGCAACUUACCUCCACAAAUUCCUCAUCGAAAGGCGAGUUUGGACUUUUCUCAGUCGGAGCGGUUUUCUCAUUUGCGACCUAGUUUGCCAAUCCGACCUCCAAGUGCAACAUCCGUUCGGAGCUCUACUUUCCAUGGCCUUGACUCUGGACCAACGACCAACAUUUCCCACGGAUCCGACAGCAACAACCACAGCGGCAUCACGGGACCAUUUGGUACUUCGUUUGGUGGUCUCUCUUCGAACAUGGCGGCUCUGAGCAUGCAGCCCAUUAACAUUAGUGAGGAAAAGCUGCCGCCCUUUGGUCAUUCACCCGCUCACCUGCGGAUGAUCAACGCUCUUCCCGACAACAAUGCGCCUUCCAUGAACGGGGUUCACCGCGGCAGCGUCACUAUGAGCGAGAAAGAUGGGGUUUCUCCCGCUUCCAGUGUCAAUGGUGACGGGGCUACAGGAUCACACCACUCUGGACCUAACCAUGGCGCCUCGUCAUCUUCGUCAUCAGCGUCGUCGGUAUCGUCAGCUUCCUUGCCCAACUCGGCGGCGAUCAGUGGUAGCUUUGGAGUGACUGGAUCUGGAUCUGGAUCUGGACCUAAUCCGGGAGUUGUGAUGGCAAGGCCAGGAUUGAGGACUGUUGGCUCGAGCGAGAAUUUCGCAAGGAGGAUUCGUUCGGCUAGUAUGCUCAGGAGGACAGAGGAACAGGAUAACAUUUCCAAGGGCGCUUUCCAACCCAGCAGACCUCCUCAGGCUACGGGCGCCCCUCCGGGUCAACAGCAGCCGAUGCAACAUUACCAGCAGCAACAGUACUCGUAUAAUCAUGAGCCGGGUUCCGCGGACAUUAGUCGGUACAGGAGAGCUAGCUCACCGCGUCGUCGCAGUAUCAGCAUGACCAACUUAAACGGCCUUUCUAUCAUCAUGAUCCCUCCCAAAAAGGGCUCAGAUGAUUACUCGACCAACCCAUUGUUACUGCCACCGUCACCUUCAACCACUCGCUUCAUUGCACCGUCGUCGAUGAAUGUCACGGCUCUGUCGUCGAGUCCUUUGCGCCCAACUCUUCACUCGAUGGCCUCAUCCUCGUCACUUUCGUCGUCCUUUGGCAGUGUCUCUGGUGCUUUUCCGGGUAACCAGCUCAAUGGAGGACGGAAUAGUAACAGCUCACAUGGACUGCAACAGCAGCAGCAGCAGCAACAACAUCAUCCACAUCAACAAUAUUCGAGUACGCCCAUUAUGUCGGCCCAGAAUACUUCUUCUUUGUCGUCCUCUGUGCCUACUUCUACCGUUCCUUCUUCUCCUCCGACUCUUGCUCAGGUCACCAACAAUAACCAUCACAACAGCAGCAAUAAUAUCGCCACUGUCAACGGGAACAGCAUUCACUCCAGCGCCAACCAUAACAUGUCCUCGACUUACAAUGAGACUCUCACAGCCACUCCUGGUGGCGCCAAAUCUGCCAUCAGCCUCUCGGGAACAUCUUACCAUCAGGGGGCCAAUUAUCCUGGUCAUGGCAACCACAGUAACAACUUGCAGCUCAAUGCUUCGGGACUUGGACAUUUGGCCUCGCACAAUGGAUCAGCAACCACGCUGGUCGGGAGCAACAGUCAUCAGAACCUUAGCCAGCAUCUUGUUGGUCAAGAACGCCAUCACCACCAACACCUGCAGUCCCAGCAGCACCAGCAGCACCAGCAGCAACAGCAGCAACAGCAACAGCUUCAAAUGCAGAGACAGAUGCUGGUGUCACCGAUGCAUAUGCUAAUUGUCACGCCUGAGCCCCGGCCAUUGCAGAUGGAUGCGUUGCGCAGGAACGAGGACUUGAUGGAGGAACUCCAGUUGACGAUGAAUGACUUGUCGCAGUGGUUGGAGGUCUUUGAGACCGGCAUCAAGACCGUUCGCUCUUCUUGA